AUACAGGGGUAUUCAAGUAAAUCCACAAAUACUCAAAUAAGAUCUUCUGAUAAUCUUUUUCAAAACCAAGGGGCUUCAGCAAAGAAAAAUGUACCUUACUCCUGCCUUGCUGUCUGAGUCUGUUUCACCAGUAGAUGAGAGAAGCCAGUGUGAAACUUCAGAGAGUUCAGGGAAAGCAUCAUUUCACAAUUUGGCAUCCAGUCAAGAGGAGAUGACAUGUAGGUUAACCUCCAGCAGAACAGAAAUAACUGAACAAGGAAAACUGGGGGAUAAACAUGAAGCAGCACGGUUGGAAUGUACUGAAAGUCUAACAGAAUCUUCAAAAACUCCAUUACUCAGAAAAAGUAGUUCUGAAUCUGCAGAAGAAAUGCAAAGGAAGAGAGGAAAGAUCACAAACCCACGGAUUGGGACCACAAAGCAAAGUCUGAAAAAAACAACUCCAUCUAAUAAGGAUGACAGGGAAUCUUGUUCCUUUCCCUCUAGAAGCACAUCAUCAUCUGUGGAGUAUGACAGCGCAACGGUUGAUGCUAUAGUUACGGCUCCACAUAGUGAACCACCCAAGAAGCCUCCCCAGUGUGCUGAAGAUCAAGAGAAGGAAGAGGAGCCAACCAAAAUCUCAGAGUAUUUUUUCAGUGACAUCUUUAUGGAAGUAGAUGACGCAGAAUAGCAAAUUGGCUUUCUAAAAAUGGUGGGAUCUUAGUACAGCUAAAUAAAGUUAUCAUUUUUUAGGAAAACAUUACUUGUUUUAAUAUUAAUUAUACCAAGUUUAGCAUCAAUUACUGUUAGUAACUUCCAUAAGGAGUCAUUUUCUUCUAAAUGGGUGCUUUCAAAAGGUUGACAUAAGCUAAACCACUAUGUUGGUGUCACUGGACCAGAACAGUGGCUGCGGGAUUAAUUUUCACUUGUUUGGAUCUUGGUAAUGGGUGCAUGAUUGUCUUCUAGAGAAGUGCAAUGCAAAAAAUGCUUAUUCUGGUGACAAGCUAUUCCUUUGAAUUUAAUGCUAAAGACUGUGAUACUGAUUAUAUAAGUUCUUUACUUCUUUUUGUGAAGUAUGCUGUAUUAGUAUGUUAGAGGGGAAAACCUUUUAUUUACAGUGCAAUCUCUGUAGAUCAGGAUGCAAAUACUGAAAGUACCAUCAUAAAUGCAUAAUUCUGUUCAGCACUGCAGGUAUUUUUAUUAGCAUCUCCAAAUUAUGUAUUUUUGUAUUUAAGAUGUCUUACAGAAGUUAAAAGACCCUAGCCUGAAAAGCCAAAUGACUUUAGCUCCUUUAAAAUGCAUAGAGGAAAAACCUGAAAAACAUUUAAUUUACACAGUGAUAAUCUUUGGAACUGUCCUAUUGGAAUGACAGGAAGAGUUUAAUGUUUCUCAGUACAAAUGCCAGUUUCCUUCUGUUGUGAUUUAACCCAGCAGGCAGUUAAGCACCACAGAAAGUGGAAUGAGGGAGAAUAGGAGUCGUGGAUGAGAUAAAAACUCUUUACCAAGACAGAAAAGGAAAAUGAAGACAAACAUGCACUAACAGAUAAAUAUCUCCACAGUGCAACUGCUUAUCACUCACCAGCCAACAUCCAGCUAAUAAUACAGCUGCCUGCAGACUGCCCUCCUAGUAACUCAAGGUCUCACUACCUGCUGACUGAUGCCAGGCCAACUGCAAUCAGUGACCCCUCCCCACAUCUUUACAGCCUUCUGUAUGAUGUCAUGUGGUAUGGAGUAAACCCUUGGCUUCAUUCAGGCCAGCUCUCCUGGCUUCAUCCUGUACGGUGUCUCUUCCCACUGAGCCUUGGGAUUGCACACAUCUCUCAGCAAGAACCAUAGCUGUACUGUCAACAUUAUCUUAGCUGGACCUGGGACAUCUUCUAAAUUUGAAAACAAAGGGGUUAGAUGGCGUUUCUUCUUGUUUCUGCAUGUAGGUGUGUAUAUCUGUAGUGAUGUCCUUUGUUGCAGUUAUUCAAAGUAGCACCAACAACUGGAUUUAAACAACAGUGAUGUUGCUUUACGGAUUUGCUACUUGGAAGCAGUUGUAUUUGAACGUUUUCCUCAUGUUCCACGUCUGCUUGUACUGAAACUCACCAUAAAAUUUUGGUGUAGCUUGAGAUUUUAGCUUAUUUUUUUUUCUUGCUUAGGAAAAUUGUCUUGUUGAAAUACAAAAGUUCUUUUGAGUUCUUACAGGUAGCCACUGAGAGGUCAAGUAAUUCUUAAACGUUAUUACACGAAAAAGAGCAUGUAGAUGUAAGUAGUCCAGCUAUUUCUCCUGGUAAUUAUUAACAGCAAAUAUUUUUGCAAAAGAAACUGUUAUAAAAAAGAAAUUUGAAUUGUAUUAUGCUCUGCAGAAACCCAUCUUCAUCUUGGGGCUGGGUAAUAAUUUACUUGCAAAUGUUCUCAUGUAAUCAUUUACUGCAUUUUGAAAUACUUUAAAGUUUGAGAAUGUUUGGCAGUGCUUAUGAAUGAACAUUUAAAACUUUGUCAAUAAUGAAAAAUACACCGAAAAACUACUGCUGUUGCAAGUUGCUGUAGUAGGAGACCUGUCAACCACAUUGCUCAGAGAGGCUGUGGAUGCCCCAUCCCUGGAGGUAUUCAAGGCCAGGUUGGAUGGGGCCCUGGGCAACCUGGUCUAGUAUUAAAUGGGGAGGGUUGGUUGGCCCUGCAUGUGGUGGGAGGCUGGAGCUUCAUGAUCCCUUCCAGCCCCAGCCAUUCUGUGGGGCUUGCAGCAGCAUCUUGUAGAGGUGGUGAAAAGGCUGGUGAUCCCAGCUUGACAGUCUGAAAAGCAUAUUGUUGAAAGAAAGACAAACAAAAACCAGACACACACACAAAGGUAAUCCACCACCAUCAGUUUCUGUUUGGAAACCUCGGCUCUUUUGUUCUGCCUAACACAUUUAACUUGAGAUGUUUGAUGUAAACAUUAGGGAAUAGAUGAGUGUAUACAUUAAGUUCCAUGUAUGCCUUGCAGAUAUUUCUUUUAAUCAGAUGCUUAGUUCUUAACACGCGUGGCAUGUUUCAAUCCCUUUUGCACUGACAUAGCCUACGAACACAUUUCUGGGGAUUUGGCUAUGAAAUAAUUGCCGUGAGUAUUUUCUGAGGUGAUAACCAUUGUGCAUUUCAUUGCGUGCAGUUUGCAUUUGUAGUACAGGAUACAAAAUAACUUUUCAUUACUAAGAUUUAAGGUGCCUUGCCUAUCUUGUUCAUAGAGGCCAUGCUUUCUGUUCCCUCCAGUAAACCAUUUGCACUUUGUUUCAAAGAACAGUUUGGAUAGAGGUGAGAAAAGGUUGCGUCGUGUUCUGUAACAGCGGACGGUAUGGCAAUGAAAGAUCUGUGCGAUGGGAUUUCAGCGGGAUUUCCGCCUGUAUAAUCGCCUACGUGCUUUCUGUUUCAAAGAAAGUUGUCGUGUAAACUAUGUAAAUAAAUUAUUUUAUAUGA